AUGUCUAAUUCAAUUAAUUUCGCUGUUGUAGGUACUGGUAUUUUCGCCACUGAUACUCAUUUACCAACCAUUCAAAAAAUCCCUGAAUUAAAAGCAGUAGCCGCUUAUAAUCGUACCAAAUCAAAAGCCGAGAAAUUUGCUGAAAAAUACAACAUAGCAAAAUCAAAAGUCUAUGAUUCAUUAGAACAAAUAUUUCAAGAUCCAGAAAUCGAUUUUGUUGAUGCUUUAUUACCAGUCCAAUAUAAUUUAGAUGUUGUUAAAUUAGCCAUCCAAUAUCAAAAACCCCUUUGUUUUGAAAAACCAAUUGCGGCCAAUUUGAUCCAAGCUAAAGAAAUCGUUCAAUUGAGUGAGACAACUGAUGUUCCUUUAAUGGUAUUAGAAAAUUGGACAUUUUUAACUGCAAUUGAUAUCAUCAAACAACAAGUCUUACCUAAAAUUGGCCAAGUUGUUGGAUUUACCUAUCAUGCCACUGGUCCAUUCAAUUCUACUAAUAAAUAUUUAGCUACUUCUUGGAGACAAAGACCAGUUCAUGUAGGUGGGUUUCUUUCUGAUGGAGGUGUGCAUCAAAUCGCAUUAUUAACUGAAGUAUUGGGCCCAGUGGAUCUGAUUUCCGGAUUUACGAAACAAGUUAGAAAAGAAACUGGGGCUGAUGAUAUUUUAUUCUCAAGUGUAAAAAUGAAUACUGGUGUGAUUGGGACAUUUACUUAUGGAUCUAGUUUUGGUGCCACUGAUAAAGCACAAUCUUUUACAAUUUAUGGAACUAAUGGAUCAUUAGUCUAUGAUUGGUCUCCAAGUUUGACCAAACCUACUAUUACUUAUCAAACUGGAUCUGAAACUUCUGAAGCUAGUGAAAAAAUUGUGAUUGAAAUUGAUGAGGUUGAUACUAUUGAAGAAGAAUUUAAGAAUUUUAGAGAUGUUGUGGUUGCUAAAGAUAAGAAAUUGAUUAGAGUGACUCCUGCUAAAGCAUUCCAUCAUUUAGCUAUUAUUGAAGCUGCAUUACAAUCUUCUAAACAAAAUGGUGCUAGUGUUAAGGUUGAAUUACCUUAG